AUGGCAGAAGCAAGCCGGGUCUUGCGGCCUGGCCCGCAAUCGCUGGAUGAGCUGUGCAGCUGGCCACUUACAGUCGUUCAAAGCCUCGUUUCUGCAAAGGAUGGCAAUGAUGGAGAGCGGUUUAGUCGUUUGAAGGCCUUGCUGGGGCGAGGGCUCUGGAUCGAUUCUGAUUACUCCGGAAUUGCUGGGGAGCAUGAAGUGAUGCACCAAAUGGUGGAAGCGUUGAAUCUGGUUGCGUCAGGUUCUGGCGUAGAAGCCUUGAAAGAUGUCAAGAUAGUACAUGGACGCUUUUGUGACAAGGCAAAGCAGCAGCAGCAGGUUCUGCGCUUCAUCAGCAGCUUGCACAACAACAGCAUUUGUGUUUUUGACGACUUGAACGACCGCCUGCCUGAGACAGCCCGGGCAGUCUUGGACAAUAUGACCCCGAAGCAGAAGAUAUCAAGCAAGGAAGCAGCGGACCUGUACCGGAACAUGUCAGAGUGGCUGCUGGAGAACCGUGCCUGGGCUUUUGCGCAGGAGAAUUCGUGCCAAUGCUUGGUUCAUGACAGACGCUGCCGUGGUGAAAGAUGCAGAGACCUCAGAGACCGAUCAGACCAUGCUGUCACCGUCACCGUUGUCGAGCCAGUCGGAGUCCAGCCUUUCAACAAGGCAUGUGAGGCGCAAGUUGUUUGCGUCAGAGUCGGAGUUGGAUUGCCCCCUGUCCAGGAGCAUUGCAGAAGAAGAGACUGCCCGCCGGGCCGGGCCCGCCGCAGCUCCAACUUCGUGCGCGUGAAUAUGGCCGGCACUGUGUGUACAGGAUGGAGUGCUGCAGGCAAGGGCUUGCACUUUGCAGAUCCAUCUGAACGACCACAUGCGAUAUGGGCGAGUGAGCGUGUGGCUCGCGCUGAACAAGGGCUGGAAGAUUUCAUGAUCAGUGAAUGUACUCCCCGCUACCCAGUUCAGGAGAAGCUCUCUGCCUUGGAGAACACGCACGACGUCUUCAGCAUUGUGCUGUCUCCGAUGAUGCUUGGAUGGCCGGUCAGGCGCACGCGUGUGUUUACUUGUGCCUUGAAUCGUGAAACUAUGGCGUGGUUUGGACCUCCUGCGUCUGAGAUCUCAGCUCAUUUCAUGCAGUUCUUUGAAAGGAGCGUCGCAACAACCGGUGACAUUUGCUUGGCUGCUAAUGAUGCAGAAGUGCGUGCGUACUUGUGUGAAAUGGCACGGAAGCGAGGCUUUGAGUUGCCAGAGAACGUUCCUUUGGAGAAUGUGCAGUUGCAUCACAUCUACGCACCAGGCCAGAUGGUGCGACUUCAGUCCUACGAGCAGGAUCGUCAGCGUCAUCUGGCCGAGACGGUUGAGGUUGACCAUGCUGCAGUUGGUGCUCUCAGUGCUGUCGACGGUGGCCCUAGUGCAUGGUUUGCAGACCUGGAGCAGAAUCUGGGCCAAGGUGCAAGCACUCCUUCAGAGAUGCUGCCCUCGGCUGACUCAUGGAACUUUGCACGCUUGGUCAGCAAACAGGCCGGUGCUGCCAAUGGAACAGUUUCUGGCGCACGGGUUCAAUGUCUUUCCAGACAGAAGCAAAUGGAAACGUGCUUGCUUGAUUACGGAUGCUUUGUCCGAUUUUUCUUCCUGCCAGCAGAAGAAGCUCCUUGGCAACGGCUGGCAUUUGCCAGUGAUUGCUUCAUGGAUGUUCUAUAUCAUGGCGCACACUGUGAAGCUUGA